AUGCGGAAUGUAAAUAUUAUAACAGUGAUACUUAUAGCCACACAAGCUGAUAGUUCCAAAGAUUUUUCUUCUCUAAUCGAUGUCGAUUCUUUAAGUGAAUUACCAAUUGAAGCACUUUUAAAUAUUCAAAAAAAUAUACAGAAUGUUGCUGAUAAUAAUGAAACUGAUCAUGAUACAGUGACUGAAACAUUUUCACCUGAAGAACGCAUCAAUCCGCAAGCUUUACCUUUUUACAAAAACGAAAAAAUUAAAGACAAAGGUGACGGUUAUUAUGUACAAUACGUAGAAGAAGAUAAAAAAUACGAAAAAAAGAAAAGCGUUAGCAAAAUAUUCCAAUCAUCCGUUACCGUUUUGGCUUUUUUGGCAUUUGGAGGCUACUUAUUGUUUCUUAUAAUAGCGGCAAUUAAAGGCAAACAAUAUUAUAAUCCGAUCGUAUAUGAUCCGAAUACGACGCAAAUUAUGCAAGCCAUGAUAAACGCACAGAUGAAUAGGAAAAAGAAGAAGAGGAAGAAACCAAUUCGCGGACAUGGCCAAAUCGGAUAUAAAACGGAAGAGUAUUUGGACAACUCAAGAGUUAGAAGAGAUAUGUUGAAUACUGAUAUAAAUAUCGAAGAAAUGUAUCAAGUUUUAGUGAAUUUGUGUGAGGGAUAUCAUAGAAUUGCGGGAUAUAAAUAA